GGCUAUCUCACCGCAUUCGCUCGAGACGACCCCUCUUCUACUUCCUGCCACUUUCUACGACUGCAACGUCAUCGUUUUGUUAUUAUUAUUCCCCACAUUGGCCCGCGUUAUAACCCCUGGUUAGGUCCUACUUAGAUUACGUUGUGGUUCGUUUUUGACUCCGUGCGUUUGCGUUUGCGUGUCUUCAACGUGCUCCUUCCUCCUUCUUCUCGUGUCUGUGCUUUCUCCUUUGACGAUCGUGGAUUCGUUCGUGUUUAUUGGUCGGUUAGGAAGACUGGGUAGCAUACGAUGGACGCGCGACACCAAGAUCCGGAAGACUUCUACGUUAGGCAGAAUCGGAUAGGAAAGGGAUCCUUCGGCGAAGUGUACAAGGGAUAUGAUAAGCGCACCCAGAAGACUGUUGCCAUCAAGAUUAUCGACCUCGAGAGUGCGGAAGAUGAGAUUGAGGAUAUCCAGCAGGAGAUUCAGAUAUUAUCGCAAUUGGAUUCACAACAUGUUACCAAAUACCACGGAUCAUACUUGAAAGGCUCGAACUUAUGGAUUGUAAUGGAGUACUGUUCUGGAGGGUCAUGCUCUGACCUUAUGAAACCUGGUGUAUUCCGAGAAGAAUACAUCGCUAUCAUCGUUCGUGAACUGCUGAAAGGGUUGGAUUACCUGCACAUGGAGGGCAAAUUACAUCGGGAUAUUAAAGCUGCAAACAUCCUGCUCUCGGCAACUGGCGACGUGAAAUUGGCUGACUUUGGAGUGUCAGGCCAACUUUCGGGCACGUUGUCUGCGAAAAAGAAUACAUUCGUCGGCACGCCAUAUUGGAUGUCACCUGAAGUAAUAAAGCAGUCGGGAUACGACUAUAAGGCGGACAUUUGGAGUCUUGGGAUCACGGCAAUUGAGUUGGCCAAGGGAGAACCUCCCUAUGCUGAGCUCCAUCCAAUGAAGGUGCUGUUCUUAAUCCCGAAGAACCCGCCGCCACAACUGGAUGCUUCGUUUUCACGACCAUUCCGAGAAUUUGUUUCCCUAUGUCUGCAGCGUGACCCGCGACAGCGUCCUUCUGCUCGGGAACUGCUAAAACAUAAAUUCGUACGCAUGGCAAAGAAGACGAGUUACCUUACUGAGCUUAUCGAAAGGCACGAGCGAUGGAAGGCAGAAGGUGGCGAACGAACGGAAGAUGACGACGUCGCUGAUGAUGACAUCACGGGUCUUGCACAAGAUAUGGAUGACCUAUGGGAUUUCGGCACCGUGCGGCAUGUGAGUCGCCAAGCAACGAUUGGACGAAAAGGGGAUACGAUCAAUGGAUAUAAUAAUAAUAACGGAAUCGGGAAUGGGAAUGCGUAUCCAAAUCCUAUUCCUAAUUCGAACGGAGCUCCGGUCAGUCCACCUCGGACACGUCAAGUGGCUGCUCCACCGAGUGCGAAUGGCACGCCCAAAGGCCCGAGACGAACGGGUUCGGAGAUUUCGUUAACUACGAGUAUAACGACUAAGGGCGAGAAGUUACCACCUUUACCUCCUCAGGCCGUUCAGGUUAUCCAGCAUCAGCAACUCCAACAUGCACAAAAUCGUGCAUCGACAGCGUCGAGUUACUCUUCGGAUUCGCAGGCUACAGUGCGACACGCGGAGCCGCAUGCGCAGAGUAAUGUUGCUCUGCAGCUUACGUCGGAUGACGAAGAUGAGGAGGAUUAUGGUGAAUUGCUGGGUUCGGAGCCGUACCCCCCUAUGGCGCCGCAACAUGAUCGACACAUGUCUGAGCUACCCGAUACGGCGAUGUUGGAUUCCGUAGUUCUGCCUGCUAUCGCUUCAUUAUUCCCACGCGUAUCGACUCAAGAAGCCCGAAUAGCACUUUCAGCACUCCAAAGGGCUUUCACGGAGGCUGAACGGAUCAUACCCGGUGUGACGAACGAGUUGGUGAAUGAGAUUGUAGAUUCGGUGGAACAUGUUGAGGAAGUACCAAAUUAAAUGGUCGGCAUUUGGGACGGCAUGAGGUUGCGCAGACACGGACAGAUUCUUCCCUUUUCUUUUAAAUCUUUGCACACACGCUUUCGUGGUGAGGGUCGGGUGAUGAUGGGUGCUUGGUGCUUGGCGGUGGAUGGAUGUGCAAAUCGCAAUCAUUUGUUCAUAGUGUAAAUAACAUACAGUGACAUACAUCUUGCAUUUUUAUUUUUGUUUGGUGUGUAUAUGUGUGAGGAGGUAGUAGCUUGUUUCUUUUCUUCAUUGAUGUCGCCGUUGUCACCUUGCUUUGCUGUACGGACAAUGCAUUUCUUACGUGUAACUUC